UCAACAAACAGAAUUCGCUUUCUACGCUAAAGCAUUAGACUCUGAGAUUGGUAUUCUUAUGGUUUGGGAGAGUAAAUCGGCCCCGACUAGCCCAGUGAUGUCCCAAUAGUCCAAGGAGCUGGAAAUAGCUUGCGUAGUUAAAAAUGAGUCCUUGCUAACAGGAUGCAGACCCGUGGAUCCCUUAAAGGGUCCCCGAGGACUUAUCUGCAAGCCUUUACCACUUAGACCAGCCUGAGAGCUUUCCUUGAUCCUUAAGGAACUUUCUUCAGUUUCCUUCAUCCUCUUCUCCUCAAGGUAUCUGCUUGCUUCAGUAGCUGUCCUGCAGCCAGCAGUUCUAGCAUCCUGCAUAAUGAAUGCAAAGCAGAAGCCAUAAAACAUGAUCGCUUAUUAAUUUGAGCUGCAUAUGAGCUUGUUAGUCAUGUUAACUGUGGGAAGCCAUGGUGCUUUUUACUUAGAGCGAUGUAAAACCAUGUGACAAGCAUAAUGUCACCUUUGUCAAUCACUUAAUCUAGUGUUGUUAACAUUACUUACUGAACUGGAGCAACCAACAGUCAUAGUAUAUACUAUAUAUAGAGGGAAAUAAGGUAACAGAAAUAGAAGUCAAGUGUGAGGCAUGCAUCAGACCUGAAGAUCUAGUAUCCUUUUGACAAUCUGUUGUUCCUUAAUGAUACUCUUGAGCAAUUCCUUGUGCUCUUUGUUUGAGUGGAACCGCAUGAAAACCUUGAAGCGGUGAUAUAUUUCUCUCCCUUCGGGUGAGAGGUUCUUCUCAAAAGGGUCAGGGUAUAGCAGAUUUCUUUCAAGUUUGAAAUCCGUCCUACGUUUCCUCUCAUCCAGCCUGCCAAAAUUCCCACAUAUUAUUUGAGUAUAUGUAGGGAAACAAGGGAAACUUAGACAGCAAGCCUAACUCUUUUUUAUAAUGAGGAUAUUACUUAUAUGAAAGUGUGCAUGACGAGUGAAGGAUUAGGUUAAAUAAAUUCCUCUGAACCUAAUGAAAAUAAUCACUUAGGUAUUACUUACAUGAAAGUAUGCAUGACGAGUUAGGAAGAAGAGCAUAAUAAGACGAGCAAGCGAAGGUAGGCGUUCCCACUAAAAGAAAUAAUAGGGAAAAAGUAAAGAGAAAAAGAAAAGUGGUCACUAAGUCACUUGAAGAAGGUGUCAAAUUGCCCUAAUUUGAUUUUGGAAAUCCCUAACCCUAAGCCCCUAACAGCCUUUCCCUCCAUAUCUCUCUCAGCCUCAGCAACGCCGCCACCGCCAUCACCACAGCCUUCUCUCAUUCAUUAGGCCUUCGUCAGCAUCGUCUCUGAUUGAAAUGGUGGGACUAUCCAUAGGAGAAAAGCAUUUUAUACAGGGUGGCAUUGCUCAGGAUCUUCGAUCUGAUGGCCGAAAAAGAUUGACAACUCGGCCCAUCUAUGUUGAAACUGGAGUCAUUUCCCAGGCAAAUGGUUCAGCAAGGGUCAGGAUGGGUGCCACAGAUGUCAUUGCCAGUGUGAAGGCAGAACUUGGAAGGCCGAAUGCGUUGCAACCUGACAAAGGAAAGGUCGUUGUGAAUGUUGAUUGCAGUCCCACUGCAGCACCAAUGUUUGAGGGUAGAGGGGGUGAGGAGCUGUCAGCAGAACUCUCAGUUGCUCUUCAACGUUGUCUCUUGGGUGGUAAAAGUGGAUCUGGUGCUGGAAUUGAUCUCUCCUCUCUGGUAGUUGUGGAAGGAAAGAUCUGUUGGGAUCUUUACAUCGACGGCCUUGUUGUUAGUUCAGAUGGGAAUCUGCUAGAUGCCCUAGGUGCUGCUAUUAAGGCUGCUUUGAGCAAUACAGGCAUCCCAAAAGUAAAUGUUGCAGCUGGUGCGUCCGGCGAUGAGCAACCAGAGGUUGACGUAAGCGAUGAGGAAUUUCUGCAAUUUGACACAUCUAGGGUCCCUGUCAUAGUUACAUUAACAAAGGUAGGCAGGCACUAUAUUGUAGAUGCCACUUCAGAAGAGGAAUCACAAAUGUGCUUGGCUGUUUCUAUUUCCAUCGAUAGGCAAGGCCACAUUUGUGGGUUGACAAAACGGGGAGGUGCCGGCCUAGAUCCAAGCAUCAUUCUUGACAUGAUAUCUGUGGCAAAAACAGUAAGUGAGCAGCUGAUAAACACAUUGGAUUCUCAUAUAGCAGCGGCUGAAGCUGGCGAAGAGGAGUCGUGACAUAAUUAGAACCUCUGAUACAUUUAAGUAGGUGGGUUCGAGUGUGGGUCCUAGGUAUAUGAAAAUUGUAAUGCUGAUAAUUUUAUUUAAAGCUGAUGAGAACGUUUGAUUUGUUGUAUGCGUAUUUGGCACCUUUUAACCAAAAUUAGUAUGGGUCUAUUGCUUUGCAGA